CAUCAACUCCUCAUCAUCAUCUAACACCUUACCAAAAAAAACCAAACUCCAACAUUUGGAAAAUUUACAAAACCACCAUCAUCACCAGUUCACCAACAUGCAAUCCUUCCUCCUAACACUUGUCUUGCUCGCAACCUCGGCGGCCGCCGCCGAAGCCAAAAGGCCGGCCACCCCCGUCCAUUAUUCCAAACCGCCCCCACCCGACGGCAUGACGUACACCGUCACAUGUCACGCCGGCAAGUCGCCGGGAGGACCCGUGUUCCUCAACCACAUCGGAGUCGCCGAAGCCAAGCAGGCCAUGUCGUCGGCGACCCAGUUCGUGUGGAACAUGUUCAACCAGACACAUCCCGGAGACCGCCGCAACGUCAAGAAGAUCGCGCUCUUCAUCGACAACAUGAAAGGCGACACCCUCGACGCCUAUCCGGGGAAGAACGAGAUCCACGUGAACGCCAACUUCCUGGGGAAGUACAAGGGCAACAUCCGGCGGGAGUUCGUCGGGAUCGUGUACCACCAGGUGACCAGGGUGUGGCAGUGGACCGGCGGCAAGGACAGAGAAGCCCCCAAAGGUUUGCUGACCGGAAUCGCCGAGUUCGUGAGGAUGGAGGCGCACUACGGGACGUCGGAGAAGGUGAAGCCAGGGGAAGGGAAGCAAUGGGACCAAGGGUUUGGCGUCACGGCCAGGUUUCUGGCUCACUGCGAGAAGGUGAAGAAAGGGUUCGUCAAGGAGCUGAACAAGAGGAUGAGGUAUGGCUACACCAAGGCGUAUUUCGUCGAUAUUUUGGGGAAGCCGGUGGAUCAACUGUGGAAAGAGUACAAGAGUAAGUAUCCCAAAUAUUGAGACAAGUUUGUUUAGUUUCUGAUGAGAGUGGCGGAGAGGAAGAAGAAGGAGGAGGAGGAAGAAGAGAGGGGGGAAAAGAAGAGUUGUGGAACUGUUGGUGUUUGUUUGUAUUUUUGAUGAAUUUUAUUUUAUUUUUGAUCAUAUUGUUCCACUGCUUGAAAUAAAAUUGAGGUGGUUUAAUUUUUUUUCUUUCUUUGUUUGCAUUUGAUAAUUGCCGAAGUUUAUACAGUAGGCUCGGCUGGUUUCGAGCUUUCUUUCGUUGGGAUAAUCACGGUUGGAAAAGGGCAUGCUUGAAUUCAUAAUUAAACGUUAGGCAACAUCGACUCGUCUUGUUUAGAGAUUUCACGGUGAAUUUAAGAAAAUGAAGCAAGGUGUCACUGAUACGUAAUUUGAUUAAAAAUGGGGACAUCCCAAUGAACGUCAAAAUACAUUUUUAUUUUUCAGUUUCUUUUCAUAACUACAAUUUGAAAUGAAAAUAAAACGGUAAAUCAAUUUUUCAGUCGAUCGGAGUAUUUCACCUGUCACACUCUCUUUUCUUCAUUUUUUUUUAUUUCUAUCAUCUUAAAUUGGUGGUAUCUUCUUUAUUGCACUUGCAUUUACAUUUUUGUAGCAUAAAUAAAUUCUAUUAAUAAGAUCUACGAGAGGAAACCCAUUUUGUUAUAUUUUGAAAUAAUAAUAAAAAAAUUCAUAUGAUGAGAGAGCCACUCAAAUGGAAGUGAUUUAAUCGUGUACCAUUUCAGUACAUGACUAUACCAUUAUGCAAAGCAUGUUUAAAAAGAAUAAUUAAGUGUUAGUCAAUUUGACCAAUCACGUUUGGUUAAUUGUGGUUUGAUUAACUUGACUAAAGAGUUUGAUUUCGUAAAAAUUAUUAGUGAAUUUGGUUUUUUAAAUAGUUUGAUUUGUGAUAGACAACUCUCUAUUAACUAAUUAACCAAAGGACUCUUCCGCAAAGGUUCUCGUACGACGACUCAUCUUUCCGGCGGCCAAAGCAUAUUUUCAGUUGGUAGUUAGUUUAAAACAGCUUUAUACCUUUUGUGUCUUUUUUCUCUCAAUUGGAUAGAUUAUCGUAAUGAAUUCACGCCGGCAGAUUCCACAAAGAAAACUUCCACUAGUGCAAGGAACGGAGGCCGGCGGUGGGCGUGAUGAAGGCGAAGCAUCACCGGAGAUGUACCGGCCGGCGAAUAGCCGGCGACUCACCGUUUUAGCGAAUAGCAAACGGAAACAAAUAAAUACCCGGGGUUCAUCUCAUCCGCUUCUACAUCAUGUAUUGAGAAAUAAAGUACCACUCUUUUUCAUCAAAUAAUAUGGAAGAUCUGAAUUUCCGAGAUAGAAAAGAAAGAAAUCUAUUGAUGGGCAUUGAUAGAAUUAUUAUUUUGAAAAAAAUUGGACUAGGUAUACUACGACACUCUUUUGGUAAUUAAAGUUUGGAUAUUGGUAACAUCUCAACUCUCUUGGACCAAGAUGUUGUCCGAUUUGGAUUAUCUAUCCCCGCACGAUUCUGCUUUUGGAGUACAUCAUAACGACUUCCUGAUAGGUUGUCCAUUUUUGUACUGAUACACAUUAAGCACGUUUGAUUUCAGAAUUCUUACAAUAACUCAUAUAUUUCACCUCAAAACAUAUUUGCUUAGUUUGGAUGUUCGAAACCACGUAGUUGUUUAUAGUGAUGGCAAUUUGAACCUGCCCCGCGGCUAUUACCCGACCCGACCCGCCGUAAUGUGGGGCGGGGCAUGGGUAUCUACUUACGACCCGUCCUGCCCCGCCCCAUUUUGGACUCAUUUUAACUCAAUUUUUACAGUAUCAAUAUAUAUUUCUCCUAUUUUGACUUUUCUUCAACUAGUUAGAGUCGAUUUUUCAACUUGUUAGACUCAAUUACCAAUUCUAUUAUUUAUAUAUUUAAUUCAUAAAGUGUUUUCAUUCGUUUUAUCGUAAAAAGUAAAUUUUACGCGUAUUU